AAUUCAGUGCGUGAAAAAAUUCUGCCGUUUCAUACGUGAGGUUAUGUUUUACAGUUUUUCAAAUUAUAAUAUACGUGUUUGCGCUAAUAUAUAAUAUAAUUUAAAAAAAAAAGUCUAGCAGGAAUAAUAAAGCGGCGUCGAAGGAUGAUCCUAAAGUAAUUCGAAGAUUGAAAAAAACCUCUUCGAUUUUCCAUUAACCAGCUUUCGUAAGGUACCUGUAACACAAGUUCUUUACGCGCUUAGCACGGGACCAGUUAACGUGGCGUGAUUUUUGAAUCUUCGAAAUGUGGACGGUCUGCAUCCCGGGAUGGAGCGCGGCGAUUGCGGCCGGCGCCAUACUUCUGUACGGCACCCUGGAUGUAGCGUAUUUUGCCCGGAUGAUGUACACCGUGGCUAAAGCGCGCUACUUCAAGAAGAAAUGUUGUAUACUAGACACCACUGAGGUCCAAUCUUGGUGUCUUCUCACUGAUAUCGAUACUCUGCUGUACCACAUGAAUAAUGCUCGUUAUCUCCGCGAAUUGGACUUCGCUCGAGCUGACUUCUACGAGCGGACCGGGCUCUAUGCGAACAUCAAAGCGGCUGGAGGCGCGGUCGUCCAGGGCGCCGCCACAAUAAGAUACAGGCGCUACUUGAAGCCCUUCACCAGGUUUACUAUAACGUCCAAGGCUGUCUACUGGGACGACAGGACCUUCUUCAUGGAGCACGAAUUCGUAGGUCCAGGCGGCUUCGUUCACGCCAUCGCCGUCUGCCGGCAAAGGGUCAUUGACACUUCUGCUUCUGCUAUAGCUGAGUUAUUGCUCCAACUGCACUGUGCUGGAUCUUGUAGGCCGGCUCCCGGGAAGAUACCUCCCGAGUUGGAGCUUUGGGUGCAGAGCAACGAGCUGAGUUCGGCCAAACUGCGGGCCGUCAAUGCCCCACUCCCAACCAUCCCUUCCCCGAGUAAUAUCGGAUGCGGUGAGGUUAUACCCACAGUGACAACUGAAUGAGGCUAUCUUACUCACUGCCGCGGUGAAAGUGAUCGAGCCAAAAAGCACGAGUGAGACGGCUAUAUGAUGUGCCCGCUCUGGCAGUGAAGUACAGUUCAGUUUAGACGCAGCACUCGAGACGUGCGGACGUAUAUGUCAUACGACUUAUGUAAUACGGUAUAGCUUGGCUAUCGAAGUUUGUGUGAUAAAGUAUUCCAUCACGUUAUUGUUAUCUACGAAAAUAUUAUUUGUUUAUUAUAAUUAAUUACUGUAAUAAUAAUACGUAUAUUGUUUUGUAUUAUGUAAAAUAUUGUUCCUGUCCUAUAUUAUGUAAAUGUAGACUCUCUGAUCAGAUAUUCUCAUAAAAUGAAUUUUGGUGAUAAUGCUUACUGUAUAUUCGCUUAAACGCGAUAGAUUGAUAAAAAACCAACGUAACUCUAUAAUAAUUAAUAAAUCUCAUUUAAGUCACUUCUUCAC